UACCAUGCUUCAUGCAAUCCUUUCUGAAAGUCUGAAUCUGUAUUUUAGCACUUCAGACAUGCCAAGCACAGGCGGAAUCCUCUCAAUCCUCGGACCGACAAAGUAAGCCUCGCAUUCUGCGAAUUGCUUGUGUCGACGGUGCCGCAUGAAUACGAAAUCAUUCGCUAACCCUCUGUUCCGCUUGUUAUUCUCAUCCAACCCGACCGCUGAACAUGAUGGUCCUAUGCUCCACUACCUCCGUCUCAUUCCGGUAUCCUAGGAUGUACUCCAGUCCAUUGACUCUUUCUUUGAUGUGUGUCUUACUUGGUAUCAUUUCAUUGGCCAGUAUCAGCGCGAUUUUGGCUUGCGAGACAUGGAGGGCGCGUUCUUGAGGGUUGCGUAUCUCACGGAUGCCGAGGUCACAAGCAAUCCCGGGCUGGUAUUUAACGAUGCUACCACAAUUGAGAGCUGGCCAGAGAUGCAUAACACGUCGUUUCUCUCAACAUGGCGCAAGGCAUACCGCCCCGCACCUCUCUCUACGGCGUACAUCUGACAUUCCAACGACAUGCUACAAGUGUUUUGAGUCUACGAAACGACUUAGCUCAUAUUCCAUCAUCUCUAUCCUCCUUCUCUAACGAGACGUGUUAUGGUCUAGGUUCAGACCUAGGCACAUUCCUCUAUUGGUUUGGGGAGCGACUCUUGGAUGGUUGGGUUGACAUUGCCAUCCGUUUGCGAUUGCGAUCCAUUCGUCGCGCCCUCAAGCACCGAGGAAGCGCCCACUCUGUAGACGGCAUCAAGGCGAGGUAUAUUCGCCAUGCAUGUGAAGACCUUUUGGAGCUUUGCAGUGAUUAUUAUUCACUAAGAAUCAGGCGCAGGGCAUUUGACCUGCUGCUCACGCUCCUGAAGCCAUUGGAUGCAUGGUCUUUCAUUCUCUUGGAGUCCAACUUCGUGCAAGUCUUGUCUGCUUAUAGAUUAGAGCCUUGCAGCGAUCUUAUCAUUGCCACCCGCUUUGACGAGAUAGUUCAAAUCGUUGCUUUGCUGUCAGCGUGUCCUUGUCGAUGUGAAGCAUGCAUGCACGCUCUACGGCAGAAUGACAUUCAUAUCCAAACAUGCUGCGAUCCAUGCGGCCAACGUUAUCAAAUUGUCCAUUGUUCUCGCAAAGCGGUUCUACGUAGGCUCUUCGAGAAAAUUCACCUGCACAGGAAUCACAUUUGAGGGUCACUUGGCAGACUUGGAUAUGCAGCUUUGGACCCCAGAUAUACACAUUUAGAAAUAGAUGUCUUCUAGAUAAGUAUAAAGCACAACACACGUUUCCAUCUG